CUCUCUCUCUCUCUCUCUCUCUCUAUAUAUAUAUAUAUAUAUAUAUAUAUAUAGUAUAUUAGUGUAUGCAUGAACAUAUAGUAGCAUACAUGUGCUGAAUUCUAUACAGCGAGAAAACAAUCUGGAAAGAGAGAGAAAGUAGAAAGAAGAAGAGGAGGAAGAAGAGGGGCGGGCUUAAGCCAGGGUUCCAGUAACAUUCUUUCAGAUCUAAGGUGAAAAGGGGGAAGAAGAAGAAGAAGGGCUAUUGAAACUCUUGCCCAAAUCCAUUUUCCAGGAACUCUUGAAUUGGGAGCUUGAAUUGCUGAUUUGAUGAAUUGAUCCUGCAGAAGUUGUCUCCAUCAGACACCCUACUAUCAUUCUUCCGAUAUUUCUGCUUUUAUGUGAUUUUCUGACAAACAAUGGCAUGAAAGCACUGUCCACUAGCGGUUUGAUUUAUCAGAUUUUGCAUGCAAUAUAGUGGUACUCGAAGAUGGUAUCUGAGAUGGAGAAUGCUCAUACUGAAGAAAUGGACAUUGAAGUCCUGUCUUCAAUGUGGCCCGAAGAUAUUAAUGAAGCGGGAAAACAGUUCAAUAUUGAACAGCCGGGAGCAGACCUAGAUAUGCUGGAGGAGGUUACAAUAAAUGAGGAGGCGACGACUAUAGUUGAUUUCCAACGUCUCAUGGAGCUUACGGACUAUAGUGACAAAGGCUCUUCUCAGUUGGCAUACUUGGUAAAGAAUUGGGAGUAUAAGCAGGCAAAUGCUGUACGGUUGCUGAGAGAAGAGCUUGACUAUCUUAGCAAGCAGCAGCAAGAAUCCGAGCUCAAAAAAUUGGAGAUACUGGAGCAACAUCGAUUCGAGGAAGAAAGAUACGGGGGUGAUAAGCGUCCUGUUUCCAUAUUGGAUGAGGAUUUAAAAUACAUCUAUCAAGAUAUCCCGAGGAGGAAAAAAGAUGUGGUAGUUCAACAUGAAAAGCUAGAAAUAGAGGCCGAGUAUGAUAGCAUCAUAUACUGGAAGCAGCGGGCCUUGCAUUUACAAAAACUGUUGGCAGCAAGCAUUGAGCGGGAGAAUGUACUACUUGAAAAACUGCAAGAAAGCAUAGAGAAGCUUGAACGGCAGUCCUCCCCUGUUGAAGAACUAUCGCAGGUUUUAAAGCGAGCAGAUAACUAUUUGCAUUUUGUUCUUCAGACUGCACCUAUUGUCAUUGGUCACCAGGAUAAGGAGCUGCGCUAUCGGUUCAUCUAUAAUCAUUUCCCAAGUUUGCGUGAGGAGGAUAUAAUAGGCAAGACAGAUGUGGAGAUUUUUUCCGGGUCUGGUGUAAAGGAGUCCCAAGAUUUCAAAAAGGAAGUUUUGGAACGUGGGUUGCCUGCAAAACGGGAGAUUACCUUUGAGACAGAACUAUUUGGAUCGAAAACAUUUUUAAUAUAUGUCGAACCAGUAUUCAGCAAGGCCGGGGAGACUAUUGGUGUAAAUUAUAUGGGGAUGGAAGUAACUGAUCAGGUUCGAAAACGAGAAAAGAUGGCAAAGCUUCGCGAGGAGAUAGCUGUACAAAAGGCCAAGGAAACCGAACUUAACAGAACAAUCCACAUAACAGAGGAAACAAUGCGGGCAAAACAAAUGCUUGCAACCAUGUCCCAUGAGAUAAGAUCUCCUUUGUCUGGUGUUGUAAGCAUGACCGAAAUUCUUGCCACCACUAAACUAGAAAAGGAUCAACGCCAACUUGUAAAUGUCAUGUUGUCUUCGGGUGAUUUGGUUCUCCAACUGAUAAAUGACAUCCUUGAUCUUUCCAAAGUUGAGUCAGGGGUAAUGAAAUUGGAAGCUACGAAGUUCAGGCCAAGAGAGGUAGUAAAACAUGUGCUGCAAACCGCAGCUGCAUCACUGCAGAAACUACUGACCUUAGAAGGUUUUGUCGCAGAGGAUGUCCCAACAGAGGUCAUUGGAGAUGUUCUUAGAAUUCGCCAAAUUCUCACCAAUUUGAUCAGCAAUGCAAUAAAAUUCACUCAUGAAGGAAAAGUCGGUAUAAAACUGUAUGUGGUUCCCGAGCCAUCUUUGGGCGCAAAACAGGGAUCUCAUCAGAAGCAAUCUUUAGAUUCCCUGAAAAGUUCGUCAAACAAUUGGAAAGAGGAUAGGUGUUUGUCAGCGUCUCAUGGGAAGCAUGACCGAACGGCCUCUUUUAGUUAUAAGGAUGGAGAAGGAACUUUCGAAAAUCAGAUGCAUAAAGAUGGGUCCAACCAUUCAGUAAGCAGUGGGGCUUUGGAUGAGGAUUUAGACGCCCAUCCUGAUCAAGAGGAAAAAACUGUGUGGAUAUGCUGCGACGUUUAUGAUACCGGGAUUGGCAUACCUGAAAACGCUUUGCCCACUUUGUUUAAAAAGUACAUGCAAGUCGGUGCAGAUACAGCUCGAAAAUAUGGCGGGACUGGACUAGGCUUAGCAAUCUGCAAGCAGCUGGUUGAGCUCAUGGGUGGCCAUCUCACGGUGUCCAGCAAAGAACACCACGGUUCUACUUUCACGUUUGUUUUACCGCACAAGGUUUCACCGUUGUGUGAAAGUUCUGAUGAGAACGAUGAAAUGUCUGAUAUGGGUAGUCAUGACACCUCAACUGAUGCAAAUGAAGACGAUGCAAAUUCUGGCUUCUUCCAGUUCCAACCGCGUACUUUGGGUUCUUUAUUUUCUUCCCACGGUUCUGGAAGAGCCCAAAAGCUGUCACCGAAUACUUUUGGGUUUAAUACUUUGCAUAGUUGCAAUGGAUUGCCAAAGAACUCGUACACUUUCCCCGCUAAUAGCGUUAUGCUGAAAGAUAUGGGAUCGGUAGAAGAUGCCUGUUCGGUCAUAGAUGUUGACAUAUUGUCUGACCCCGAAAGUUCUUUCAGGCAAAGCUCACAUUCUGAUAACCCGAGCACAUUGGAAAGAGACAAACACGCUCAUUCUGGUAGCAAUGGUCAAUGCCAUCACCACUCUUCCUAUUCAACUGAUUCCACGAGUACAAGGAAAGACGAGGACGUGAAAACAGCUGUUCAAGAAAAAAGACAGCCCGAGGGAAAUUCUCCAUGCUCCUCUGGCAACAACCAGGAGGUUUCGAAAUCAGCCCCCAAACCUAGAAUCCUCCUAGUAGAAGAUAAUAAAAUCAAUGUGAUGGUAACGCAAUCAAUGAUGAAGCAGUUGGGGCAUCAGAUUGACAUUGUGAAUAAUGGAAUAGAAGCUGUGCGGGCAGUUCAACGCAGCAGUUAUGAUCUUAUUCUAAUGGAUGUAUGCAUGCCUGUAAUGGACGGACUUCAAGCCACAAGACUUAUCCGAUCAUUUGAAGAAACGGGUAAUUGGGAUGCCGCCAGGACUGCUGGAGUCGAGGAGGUGCCUUCUUCAAGCUUGUCACUAAAACGUUCAGAUUCCAAAUCAUCAAAUGGAAGAAUUCCAAUCAUUGCAAUGACGGCCAAUGCAUUGUCAGAAAGCGCAGACGAGUGCUUUGCAAACGGCAUGGACUCCUUCGUAUCAAAGCCGGUCACGUUUCAGAAGUUGAAAGAAUGCCUCCAGCAGUAUUUGCCACAGCGCCAUCGCCUGUAAAAAAUUUUCAAGCAUCUGAUCUGUACAGGAAAUUACCAUGUUAGGAAAGUUUUGUAAACAAUGUAGUGUACCAUGCUUGUGUCAUCAGUUCCUUUUUUGUCAACGUAUCAGUUGAUCUGUGGCCUUGGGUUUUUUCUUCUUCUUUUUUUUUUUUUUUUUUNUUUUUUUUUUUUUCUUCUUGUGUUAGGUUUGCCUGUAGGGUAGGCAACAACUUUAAGAUGCAAAAUUUUUGAGGAUGUUCACUUAAUAAAGUGUGAAGAUUAAUGCAGGGAAAGUCGCAUGUAAAAUUAUUUAAUGUUGUUCGCAUGUGACUUUAGAAAUAAUACCUUUGGAUCUUUUCCAAUGUAUAAUAACUAUAAUAAUUCUCAAGCUUUGGAAUAGAGUUGCUGGGGGCUUGUUCAUUGUUUUA